AUGUCACCAAAGGAUGAUGACAUAGGGACCAUGGACAGAAGUCCUACGCCUGGAAUUGAGACCAAGAUCUCAGAGUAUAAAAACUUGAUGAGUCCCGAGUCCAACGCAAGCCCGGAGUUGCGAACAGACAAAAAGCUCAAGAGAAGAAGGAGAAAGGGCAACAACUGGACUCGCAAAAAGUGUACUCUGCGCUCACCGACGCAGACUCCCCAUGCCUCGCCAAUUUUGUCCCCGAAAAUCAAGCAAGAAGAGUCUAAUAAUCUCAUAAACUUGGGAGUGAAAGCACCAGGGGCACUGCGGAAUAUAUAUGACGACUCAAAUAUGGAUAUUCGUCGAGCCGCCGUUGAGCAAGACUUUGGUCUUCGCAGAAGAAAUACAGGCACGAUGUAUAAGCCUAAAGUGCCUGUUAAGAGCAUCGAACAGACCGAACCCUUGCUAUUUCAAGAGACUCCAUUACCAAGCCCGGCCGAACCCCGUCAAAUAGCGCCCAAAAAAGAAGCACCCAAAAAAGAAGCAUCCAAAAAAGAAGCGCCUAAAAAGGGAGUCCGCUCCAUCUUGCCAACUCCCGAAACUCCACGACAUGAUCGCUCUCUAACCACUUCUCCCACAAGCCACCACGAAAAAGUCGCCUCUUCCCCAAACAGCAAAUCCUCCAAUAUAUGUUGCAGCUGCGAGUCCGAGACCGGUGACGAAAGCCCGAUUAUUCCUCCUCACUUUCCACCCAAUCCUAUUUCUCGACCCAGUCGAGAAGCUGACAUCUUCUGGCGAGAUGCUUGCAUGGAAGUUCAGUCCACCGAUGAACCUGUCCAUGCGCACGACGUCAUUGUGCGAAUCAUGACCAGAAAAGGAGGAAUCGCGAGGUCGUGGCCAAGACUUGAAGAGGGCCUAGCCGCAAUCAAGAUGAUGGGAAAGGACACAAUCGACAUCGCCGAGAUCCUGCGUCGACAAGAGGAAGAGGAAGCAAUUGCCAAAGCUAAGGAGGAGCGCUGCUUAGCCAAUAAACGACUAUACAGACCUCGUGGCCAGAUCGACAGAGAACGAACUAAGCGACGAGCGGCCCUGGCUGCGCAAAAGGCACGGGGACCGGAGACAGAUCGCGCAGAUGAUACCCCUGAAUAG